GAACUCCCAACUUCAGGUGAUCCAUCCGCCUCGGCCUCCCAAGGUGCUGGGAUUACAAGUGUGAGCCACCGCGCCCCACCAUCUCUCUAUCUCUGUCUAUCCUACUGUCUCAUGUCUGUCUCUCUGUGUCUCUCUGUCUCUGUCUCUCAUCUUCCCAUCUGUGUCUCUCUGUCUUCCUCUCUUAUCUCUGUCCCUCUGUAUCUCUUCUUCUGUCUGCUCUCUGUGUGUCUCUUUCUCUGUUUCCAUCAUCUCCCUGUCUCUCUCUGUCUCUGUGUCCUCCUCCUCUCAUGUCUGUCUCUCUGCCUCUCUCAUCUCUGUGUCUCUGUCUCUCUCAUCCCCCUGUCUCUCUGUGUCUCUUCUCUGUCAUCUCCCUGUCUCUCUAUCUCUGUGUCCUCCUCCUCUCAUCUCUGUCUCUCUGCCCCCUCAUCUCUCUGUCUCUCUCUGUGUCUCUGUCUCUGUCAUCCCCUAUCUCUGUCUGUCAUCUCCCUUUCUUUCUAUCCCUCUAUCUCUGUGUCCUCCUCCUCUCUUCUGCCUCUCUCAUCUGUGUCUCUCUCUGUGUCUCUGUCUCUGUCAUCUCCCUGUCUCUGUAUCCCUCUAUCUCUGUGUCCUCCUCCUCUCGUCUCUCUCUGCCCCCUCAUCUCUCUGUCUCUCUCUGUGUCUCUGCCUCUCUCAUCUGUGUCUCUCUCUGUGUCUGUCUCUGUCAUCUCCCUGUCUCUCUAUCUCUGUGUCCUCCUCCUCUCAUCUCUGUCUCUCUGCCCCUCUCAUCUCUCUGUCUCUCUGUGUCUCUGUCUCUGUCAUCUCCGUGUGUCUCUGUCUCUGUGUCCUCCUCCUCUCGUCUCUCUGCCCCUCUCAUCUGUGUCUCUGUCUCUGUCAUCUCCCUGUCUCUCUGUAUCCUCCUUCUGUCUUCUCUGUCUCUCGGCCUCUCUGCCCCAUCUCUGCCUCUGUCUCCCUCCAUGUCCCCGAGCCCCUGCCUGCCUGGGGUUUCCCCCGUUUCAGGGCAGCGGAAGGAAGGCCAGCAGGACAUGCUGUGCUGGGAAAAGCCAGCAGGUCUCCACUUCUCCCUUUCACAGCCUCCUCCCCCUGCCCCCACUCUCGGGGCCUUCCGAGCAGGGGUGGCCUGUGCUCCCCAGGGGGCUGGGGCUCCUCCACACCCUAAUUCAUCUCCCUAGCAGCCCCACGAGCCCCACCAGUGAGUCAGACCUGAAGGAAGUCGGGGAGGGGGCGGGCCUUGACCCUGGGCUGGGCUUUCCCCUGGGCAGGUCCCAAGUCCUCACCUCCCCUCUCAAGUCUCCCACAACGUUCCCACCCCCGCUCCUGAGAGCAGAGCUGGCCACAGCCAUGACCCCGCAGCUUCUCCUGGCCCUUGUCCUCUGGGCCAGCUGCCCGCCCUGCAGUGGAAGGAAAGGGCCCCCAGCAGCUCUGACACUGCCCCGGGUGCAAUGCCGAGCCCCUCGGUACCCAAUCGCCGUGGAUUGCUCCUGGACCCUGCCGCCUGCUCCAAACUCCACCAGCCCCGUGUCCUUCAUUGCCACGUACAGGCUUGGCAUGGCUGCCCGGGGCCACAGCUGGCCCUGCCUGCAGCAGACGCCAGCGUCCACCAGCUGCACCAUCACGGAUGUCCAGCUGUUCUCCAUGGCUCCCUACGUGCUCAAUGUCACCGCCGUCCACCCCUGGGGCUCCAGCAGCAGCUUCGUGCCUUUCAUAGCGGAGCACAUCAUCAAGCCCGACCCUCCAGAAGGGGUGCGCCUAAGCCCCCUCGCUGAGCGCCAGCUACAGGUGCAGUGGGAGCCUCCCGGGUCCUGGCCCCUCCCAGAGAUCUUCUCACUGAAGUACUGGAUCCGUUACAAGCGUCAGGGAGCUGCGCGCUUCCACCAGGUGGGGCCCAUUGAAGCCACGUCCUUCAUCCUCAAGGCUGUGAGGCCCCGAGCCAGGUACUAUGUCCAAGUGGCAGCUCAGGACCUCACAGACUAUGGGGAACUGAGUGACUGGAGUCUCCCCGUCACUGCCGCGAUGAGCCUGGGCAAGUAGCAAGGGCUUCCUGCUGCCUCCAGACAGGACCUGGGUCCUCGCCACCCUAAGCCCCAGGACACCUGUUGGAGGGCGGAUGGGAUCUGCCCAGCCUGGGCGGGAGUCCUUGCUUUGCUGCUGCUGAGCUGCGGGGCAACCUCAGAUGACCGGUUUUUCCAUUUAAGCCUCAGUUUCUCUAGCUGAGAAAUAGAGAUAUCCUACUCUCUCCUUUACCACAGUGCAGGGCUGACUGAAUUGUCACUGUGAGAUAUUUUUUAUUGUUUAAUUAGAAAAGAAUUGUUGUUGGGCUGGGCGCAGUGGAUCGCACCUGUAAUCCCAGUUACUGGGAAGCCGAGGUGGGCCAGGAGCUCGAGACCAGCCCAGGCCACAUAGCAAGACCCCAUCUCUAAAAAAUUAAUAUAAAAUAAAUCAGCCACGUGUGA